GUGAAUAUAUCGUUAUGACGGUUUACUUCCACCUCAGACGGAAGAUGGGUUAUUUUAUGAUUCAGACAUACAUCCCGUGCAUUAUGACAGUGAUUCUUUCCCAAGUGUCGUUCUGGAUAAAUAAGGAGUCGGUUCCAGCUCGGACUGUAUUUGGAAUAACCACAGUUCUCACCAUGACCACGCUGAGCAUCAGUGCCCGGCACUCUCUGCCCAAAGUGUCCUACGCCACGGCCAUGGAUUGGUUCAUAGCGGUCUGCUUUGCUUUUGUAUUUUCGGCCCUUAUUGAGUUCGCUGCUGUCAACUACUUCACCAAUAUUCAGAUGGAAAAAGCUAAAAGGAAGACAUCGAAGCCCCUUCAGGAAGGUCCAGCCGCUCCAGUCCAGAGAGAAAAGCUUCCGGAAGCACCUCUGCAGACUACGAAUGCCAAUUUGAACAUGAGAAAAAGAACGAACGCCUCGGUUCACUCGGAACCUGACGCUGGCCCCAGGACUGAGGUGGGGAACCACUGGGGCAGAUCGCCCCCGCCGCCGCGGGCGUGCGGAGCAAGACUGCAGCGGGUUAAGACCACGGGCACCGGCGGGGCGGCGGGCAAGGGGUCGGGCCCGGCUCCCCCGUCAGCGCCACCCCCCUCUGGGUCUGGCACAAGCAAAAUAGACAAGUACGCCCGCAUUCUUUUCCCGGUCACAUUCGGGGCAUUCAACAUGGUCUACUGGGUGGUUUAUUUGUCGAAGGACACGAUGGAGAAGUCAGAAAGUCUCAUGUGAUUUUUGCUAUAGUCACUUCCCCAAAGAUGACAUCAUUGCAGAACGUCUUUUUAAAUGUUUUUAAACAGUUAUUCUUUACUAAAAUAAAAACUCAAUGUAACUUUUCAUUUCCGAAAAUGCAAGCCAGUUACUGGGAGAGUGCAUUAAUUCCUCAGUGAAGAGAACGUCAACCAUGCUUUCCUGAAAGAGUAAUUGUUAAGGAAUCCGGCCUCCACGUGUGCAGGCGCACAAGCUCCCCGGCAGGUGGGCAAGACCAGCUGGGCCACUGAAGUCUAUGGUGCACAUUUUUUGCAUUGAAAUUUGAAAACAGACGAUGACAUUUUUCCUCAUCCCCUGUGAGUAUCAGCCAGCCACCCCGAGUUUCCUAGUGGCACUGCCUUUGACCACAGCUGUUUAUCAGAUCUGGUAUGCAGUGACCUGUGGUCCCUACCUGCCAGAAAAAGACUUUCCCUGUGAAAGGACACAUCAGUAAGAGGGACACGGAACAACACAAACGCCGAUCCAUAGAGUGAGACCUUAGGUACAUCGAAAAUAAACAUUUUAGACUAGAGGAAAUGUCUUCCCUUUCAUAUAUCCACCAAACGGUAUUUAACAGUUGACUUGAAAUGUUGUGCUCUGAGCCAGUUUAAUUCAUGGUACGGAUUCUUUUUCAUCCGGUUACGUAUUUGUUCACCACGCGGAGCCUACUGUGUGCCAGGCAUUACGCUAGCUGCGGUCCUAGGGAAGCUUUCACUGUGACUAGUAGGGCAGUCCAUGCAUGCCGAGAACCAGGAGCUAGCAGAGGACACUGCCUUCCUCCGUGGAGGAGAUCUAUUUAGAACCUGACAACGUAUUGAAAAUAAGAUACGGGUUUCUCCUUCAUUGCUAGAGGGUAACAGGUGUACCUGUUCACAUACCCACUUUGGAUGAGCAGUAGUGCAGCUGCAGCGACUGGCUUUCAGAAUGUAACAGAAAUGUGGUGCCGAUUCUUCUGUAUGUCAGAGACGCCGUGUGCCAACAGUGAGACUCUGGGCACUGUGAACCUUCCUAGAUGACCUGCCUCGAAUUGGAUCAGAAUCGCAGAAUCAUCAGAACUAGGGACUCAAUGCAGGCUUUUUAGAUGUUUUUCCCAACACUGAUGUGUUGUAGAUGAGCUAGUGAAAUGCUAACCUUGGUAGGUUUUGUACCCGCAGUUCUGUGUUUCUGGGCAGUUGUUGCUUGUUUCCUGGGAGUUUUGGUAAGAUUUCGUAACUAAAGUGAGCUUUGUAAAUGAAAAGAACAGCAAAGAGAAGGAUGAAGGAAGGCGCUGGGGCUAAGGGCGCGAUGGCACAGAUUGAUAGCAGCUUCUCAGGGCUCCCUGUGCUGACUUCUCUUUUCCACUAGGUAGGCUUCACAGCUUAAUCGAGUUUCUUGCAGCUGUCUCAUGUAGCUCAAUCCAUGUCUUUUUUGUUGUUGUUGUGUUACUUCCAGAUUUUUCUUCUGUAUUUCUCUCCGUCUGCUCUGGGAUGUGUGAAUGUGUUCUGGGUGUUUAGGGGGAACAUUUUGAUAGAAACAGCCACCUCAUAGACAGGAUCUCCUAUUUUUUUUAGAAAAGAAAUACUAUGACUUACCUGGCACCAACUUUUCAGUUACUGCAUUGCCUUGAAAUGGUUAUAUAUGCGAUCUGUAAAAUGUGCCAAUGCCAAAAUUAAUCAUGAGUCAGCUCUGAGAACUCCUUGGCUAUCUUUCUAAACAUUUCAUAGAAUCAACACGUUUUAAGCCUGCGAGAUUCUGAAGAGAUCAUCCAGCCCAAAGCCUCAUUUACAAAUUGAUUUCAGUAAAAUGAGGCCCAGUAAAAUCUGUACUUACAGAUAUAUCUAAUAAAGAAUACUUGGACAAAAACGUUUAUUAUAAAUUAUGUUAUGAAUACCCGCAGAUCUCUGGCCUGGAGGACAAUGCUUGGAGCUGUGACGGAAGCCAUGAUCAUUCAUCGUUCUGAUGGAACGACCUGGUUUCUCUGUGAGGGACACUUAUUCUUUGCUUUCCUGUUGGCCUAAUUUAAAGAAAUAUUGGAUUGGCUUCCUUUAAAAAAAAAAAACAAAACUAAAUGUUAAACGUGUCAAAAAAUAAAAAUAAAUUAUUUUAGAUUCAUAGGCCAAAGAUCCUUUGCAUAUGAAGACUUGAAAAUAAAUCCUAUGGCAAAACAGCAAGGACAAAAAACUUACCCAAGGAUUCUUAAUUGUUAUUUGUAGAAAUAUUGACCAGAAAGUUGAAUGAUGAGUGUAAAAGGAAUUAUUUCAUUUGCAUACAAUGUUAAUAAUAAUAAUAUGAAGUUUCUUUUUCCUAACAGAAUUCCAUCAAACCCAUCUAGUGAGUCUUUAUUUUGGUCAUUAUUUCUAUCUUCCCAAUAACUUAGAGUAAUAUGUUUGUGAAGAGCAGUGACUUUUCACCGUUAGAAAAAUCCCUCAAGACUAAUUAAGGGAGCCCAAGGUCCUGGUAAUUUGUGAAGAAAAAUUCUAGCUAAAAAAGACAGAUUUGUAGGUCUCUAUCUUUAAAAAAAAAAAAAAGAAU